AUGACCAGCUCUUCCGCUCCUUCACGCAAGGCGUUAAGCAAGAUCGCGUGCAAUAGGCUGCAGAAGGAGCUUACCGAGUGGCAAUUAAAUCCCCCUACUGGAUUUAGGCACAAAGUUACUGAUAAUCUUCAAAAAUGGACAAUCGAUGUUACCGGAGCUCCGGGAACGCUCUAUGCGAACGAGACUUACCAGCUUCAGGUAGUUUUUGUUCCUCCGGCACCGUCACAUCCACAUAUUUACAGCAAUGGACAUAUUUGUUUAGAUAUUCUAUAUGACUCAUGGUCACCAGCAAUGACGGUGAGCUCGGUCUGCAUAAGCAUUCUCUCGAUGCUUUCGAGUUCACCUGCAAAGGAACGUCCUGCGGAUAAUGAUCGUUAUGUGAAGAACUGUAAGAACGGGAGGUCUCCUAAAGAGACGAGGUGGUGGUUCCAUGACGAUAAGGUUUGA